CCAUCCUGGAGCCUCCUCAGGGGACACGCCCGCUCUGUUCCUCCUUCUGAGCAGCACCAUGAGGUCCCUGUGGCUCUGCUGGGCACUCUGGGCGCUGCCCCUGACCCACCCCGGGGCGGCCAUGACAGAAGAGCAGAUCCUGGGCAGCCUGCUGCAGCAGCUGCAUCUCAGGGAGGUGCCCGUGCUGGACAAGGGCGACGUGGAGGAGCUGGUCAUCCCUGCCCCCGUGAGGGCCCAGUACGUGGCCCUGCUGAAGCGCAGCCACGGGGCCCCCUCCCGGGGGAAGAGGUUCAGCCAGAACUUCCGAGAGGUGGCCGGCAGGUUCCUGGUGUCCGAGGCCUCCACGCACCUGCUGGUGUUCCGCAUGGAGCAGCGGCUGCCCCCCAACAGCGAACUGGUGCAGGCCGUGCUGCGCCUCUUCCAGGAGCCUGUCCCCAAGGCUGCGCUCCGUAGGCACGAGCUGCUCUCCCCACGCAGCGACCGGGCGCGGGUCACCAUCCAGUGGCUGCACGUCCGAGAGGACGGCUCCAACCGCACCUCGCUCAUCGACUCCAGGCUGGUGUCCAUCCACGAGAGCGGCUGGAAGGCCUUUGACGUGACAGAGGCCGUGAACUUCUGGCAGCAGCUGAGCAGACCUCGGCAGCCGCUGCUGCUGCAGGUGUGGGUACAGAGGGAGCACCUGGGCCCACUGGCCUCCAGCGCCCACAAGCUGGUCCACUUCACCACCCAGGGGCCGUCGGGGGCCAGGCAGGGCGAGCCCCAGCUGGAGCUGCACACCCUGGACCUCAGGGACUACGGAGCUCAGGACAAUUGUGACCCUGAGGCCCCGGUGACCCAGGGCACGCGCUGCUGCCGCCAAGAGAUGUACAUUGACCUGCAGGGGAUGAAGUGGGCUGAGAACUGGGUCCUGGAGCCCCCGGGCUUCCUGGCCUACGAGUGUGUGGGCACCUGCCAGCAGCCCCCGGAGACUCUGACCUUCAAGUGGCCGUUUCUGGGGCCGCGGCAGUGCGUCGCCUCGGAGACGACCUCGCUGCCCCUGAUUGUCAGCGUCAAGGAGGGAGGCAAGGCCCGGGCCCAGGUGGUCAGCCUGCCCAACAUGAGGGUGCAGAAGUGCAGCUGUGCCUCGGACGGGGCGCCCGUGCCAAGGAAGCUGGAGCCGUAGGUGCUGGGAGUAACCAACGAGGGAUC